CUCUUUAUCACCUAGAACAUUUGCUGUUUUUCAAACACGAUUGCAGAUCCAACAAUAACGAGAAGAUCGCAAGAUGCGAGGUGUGCCGAAAGAAGUUCAAGCGCAUCACCGAACUGGCCGCGCAUCUGAGAACAGCUCACAAUCGUUCUUCGAACGUUCGUCGACCGUUCACGUACGAGAUCUACGGGACGAACUACUGCAAGAAAUAUUUGCUGCGCGUGAAGAAGUCGGAAACGGUGCCCUGCGACGAAUGUUAUCUCGCGAAUAUCGGCGCGCCAGACACAGCUGAGAGACACAGAAACCAUCGUCAUCAAGUUCCGCGAAUCGCGUGUGAUGUAUGCAGCGAGAAUUUCGCCAACGAAGUCGAACUAAUCGAGCACAUGACGACGCGGCACAGUUACGUGCAAUAUCAAGGCGAUGCGUUUGCGAAGUGCGACAUGUGCAACAGCUUCUUUAACAACAUCACGAGUUGGGAGGAACACAAUCGUCUGCAUCAUCACUCCGACCCUAGUCCACGGAUUGUCUCGAACAACGAGCGCCAGAUCGAGGAAUACAACAGUCACGGAAACCGGUACGAGUGCUUCGCUUGCGACAACACCUACAAGUACAAGUUCAUGCUGGAGUGUCACAUGUCGAAAAAGCACAACAUACGACGGCAACAGAACAGAAAGAAUCACCGAUACUUCUGCAUUCAAUGCGGCAUGGAGCAAAAGACGUUGGCGGAUCUCAAAGUUCAUCAAAACUUGCACAUCAGUGGUAUACCUGUGAUAUGCGUAACAAGAGCGUCUUCCGUUAUAUAAUAUUGAAAAAAGCGCAUACAACG